AUGGAGAACCACACGGAGCACCCUGAGCGCGCAAACGCGUCGAGCCCGGGCACCAUGCCCCAGUCUCCGCUGGCUGUACACGCGGUGACCUUGACCCUGGUGCCUCUCCUGUGCGCCAUGGGUGUGGCGGGCAACGCCGUGGUGGUCCUGGUGGUGCUCCGGAGCCGUCACAUGGUCACACCCACCAACUGUUACUUGGUGAGCCUGGCUGCAGCGGACCUGCGGGUGCUCCGGGCGGCCGGUGUGCCCACCAUAGCCGAGGCGGUGUCUGCCCGGCUUUGGGUCUCCGGCCACGCAGGCUGCCUGGGUGUCACCUACCUGCAGUACGUGGGCAUCAACACGUUCACGAUGGAGCGCUACCUCGCCAUCUGCCACCCGCUGCGAGCCCAACUGUGCACCGUGGCGCGCGCCAAGCGCAGCGGCUUUGGUUGGCUGGGCACCAGCGCCUACUGCGUGCUCUGGCUCUUCCUGGUGGACACACGCGAGACCGCGUACGCCGAUGGCGUGCAGGUGCAGUGCGGCUGUCGCAGGUCGCGCGCUCUCUACCUGCCCGUCUACUUCCUGGACUCCGCGCUCUUCUAUGCGCUGCCGCUGAGCCUGGCCACCGCGUUCUACGUGCUCAUAGCGCGCGUCAUCUUCGUGGGGCCGAGGCCUCCUGCCCCCCCCCCCGCUGGGCGCUUGGGCUCCGCGCACCAGGGCAGCCCCGCGGGCCACCAGCGCUUCUCCUCCAGGGGCAGGAAAGGCUCCCUCAACUCCCGGAAGCAGGCCACCAAGAUGCCGGCUGUGGUGGUGGUGGUGUUUGCUCUGCUGUGGCUGCCCUGCUGCGCCCUGGUGGUGGGGGGUUCCUUCCCGAGCCCGCCCUACCUCAGCCUCGGCUUCCUUCUCUUCCUCCAGCUUUGCAUGUACCUGAACAGCGCGGUCAACCCCGUCAUCCACACCCUUAUGUCCCAGCGCUUCUGGGAGGCCUUCCAUGGGUUAUUUCAGUGCCCCCUGGCCCGGCCCAAACCCCCGCCCCAGGAGGCCACCGCUGUGUACUACAGUGUCAUCAAAGACUGUCCCCAGAUCAGACCGGGCUCUUAG